UCGCUUUUUCUGCUCUUCAUGUUACGGCGUCAACCGGAGAGGAAGGAGGGUGAGGAAGUGGUUGGAGCCAUAGAGCAGCUAAACAGAGCAGGCAGGAAGAAGUUGCAUUUUGCUAUGAAGCACAAGUGGCUGUUUUGGGAGUGCUAGCAAGGCAGCUAGAAACAGUCAAUACCUGACAAUGCGAUGGGUAACUGCUGGACUUACUGUGCUGGGCUCUUCAGGAGGGAAGCCAACAGAAUCCAGAGAGGAGGCGGGUCAAAAUACUUCAGAGGCAGUACGACGGGGGAGCAUUACACAAUAGAGUUUGAAAACCUGGUAGAAAGUGAUGAGGCUGAAAGUCCACAGCCCUGCCCUAGGCCUAUCAGUGAAGAUGAGAUAAUACACCUCAGAGAACACUGCUACGCUGCUAUAACAGAUAAACAGAACCUGAUAGACCAAAAACUUCAAGCUGAGUUAGAGGCACAAGAGGAGAAGUUAAGGCUAGAAGAGGAGGCUAGAAAUGCCACCCAGCGCGAGGCCGCCAGGCUGGCACGUGAACGAAAAUUGAAGGAGCCACCUGCCAAGGGGACACGGGGGAAAGCAGAUGGCUCUGGCAGUGAAACCCAACAAAGAAAACCAUCCUCUGGGGAGGAUUUUGACAUCUACCUCCAGAAUGUCAAAGCCCAGUCCGAAGCUUUCAGGAGCAAUAGACUUCCCUCUGAGGCGAAUGCCGUGACCCCUAACACCGAGUAUAGCUGGGAUUUUACUACAAAGACUCGCUCAACCAAUGAUGACGGGACCUCACUUGAUCUCGAGUGGGAGGACGAGGAAGGUAUCAAUCGAACUCUUCCAGUUUGGGAGAGGUCUCGGACCGAGGAAGACAUCUUGCGUGCAGCUCUAAAGCCUGGUGGCAAGCAGAUGACCAGCGGGCCGACUUCAGCCUCCGAGGACUCCAAUGCUUUGGAGUGGGAGAACGACUUUGUUAGCACUCACCCAGAGGACAGCACAGACGCUGAGUUUGAGGGCUUCGUCAACCCCGUCCUAGAUACCCCUUCUGAGGAUGCCUCAGACUGUGGCCUAAGGUCGAACAACCAGGACAGAUAGUGUCCAGCACCAAAGAAGACAAUUGUAAAGCUCACCAGCCUUCAUGGAACUGAAUCCGCGUCAUCCGUGCGGAGAAGGAAGGAAUGUGUUGUGUACACAGCGGUACAGUUUUGUGAAAACACCCACGCUUCUUUUCAGUGCCUUCAUCUGCAAAAUUAGUCAACCCUUUUCUGAAUCAUAACAGAUGAUGACCCUUUUACACAUUCUUCAGUAAGUGCUUAUUUCUAAUGAACAGUGCCCAAGUCAUUGUACAGAAAUGUCAUUGGAAGGUAAUUGUAAAUGUGAGCAGACAUCUGGAUUCAUCUAUGGUGGAAUUCUUUUUAAAGGGGACAUAUUAUCCAAAAACAAAAUUUUAAUCAUUUUAUUAUGUACAUUUGGGACUGUGGA